GAGCUCAUUGAUGACGCGGCCCUCACGUGACCAGGAGUCGACGUGUGCAGAAGUCCUUAUAGUCCAGGGCCUGUUUCCCAGGAGCAGCUCCCUAUAGCUGGAGAAGAAAAGUGCCCGGGAUCCUUUCAGGACUCUUGGUCUUUGGGGAGCGACCCAAAUCGACUGAGGGAAGAGGGAGGAAAAUUCCCUGGAUCCCUGCAGGUCAGUGCAAAGGGUUAAUUUAUUCAAAAAGGAAAUCGAAAAAUACUCAACAUGCAAAAGUCUUGUGGAGAAAAUGAAAGAAAACCACAGAACAUGCCAAAGGCUGAGGAAGACCGCCCUUUGGAAGCUGUACCCCAGGAGGCAGAAGGAAAUCCUCAACCUUCUGAAGAAGGUGUAAGCCAGGAAGCAGAAGGAAACCUUAGAGGAGGGCUGACUCAGCCUGGUCAGGGAUAUAAAGAGGACACUCCCGUUAGGCAUUUGGACCCUGAAGAAAUGAUAAGAGGAGCAGAUGAGUUGGAAAGGCUUAGGGAAGAGAUAAGAAGAGUAAGAAACAAGUUUGUGAUGAUGCAUUGGAAGCAAAGACAUUCACGCAGCCGUCCUUAUCCCGUGUGCUUUAGGCCUUGAAUUCUUUUUUUCUGAUAUUAAAAUCUUGCCCCAGCUUUCUGUUAGCAUUUCCUGAUGUAUCUGUGACUUUUGCUUUAUUUUUAAUCAUCUGGUGGAGUUUUGUUUUAGGUAUAGUUUCCUUGUUUUCAGCAUCUGCAUUUUGUAUUUUGACACAUUCUCUAGGUCUAUUUUUCGAUUGGGAAAUUUCGCACAUAUGCAUGAAAAUAUGUUCAUUUCAUAUUGUAAAGUAAAACAUAACAGGUUACAAAGCAGCAUAUUUAGUACCAGCUCACAUAUGUAGGAGAAAGUCUCAAAUUGUGUGUGUGCGCGCGUGUGUAUACAUACAUGCAUAUAUCAGAAAUCUAACUGUGCUUGUUUCUGUGUGCUGUUUUUUUUUUUGCUUAUAUGUAUUUUUUAAUGAACACAUCACACACACAAAGAGAAUUAAAGUUUUUUUAUUAAUUAAGAGUCAAUCAAAUAAUUUGCAACCAGCUUAUAAGGGCAAUGGGGGCACUUAAACUCUUGAUAAAAGAACUAUUAAAAAAAUGUAAACCUCGAAAUACCUCUGGAUCUCUUAGCCAGAGGAAUAAAACUGGCAAUUAUUACAGAUACA